GUAGAUAAUGAUAAUUUAGUGUUAAGUAAAUGCAGUCAUAAUAACUUGGAAGGACGAUAGCCUUCAGUGGACCAUAGCCUGCCGACGGAUCACGAUGUUCAGGACGGUUGUGUUUGCGUCGCUCAUUGCGUGUGUUCUGGCUGUCGUCGAUUUGAACGUGGUCAGCCAAUCCGAUUUCAUCGUACGCGUGCAGGACCAUGCCAAUGGAGGUCUGAACGUCAUAGUACAGAGAAAAAAUGCGUCAAGCACGCUUAUGUGGAUAGGCCGUAACGCCGGUGUGGCCGCGGGGGCUAGAUCAGGCGACGCAGUAGUUGUCAACUUCCCCAACAACCAGUCUGUGCGCAUCAGCAGCCGACAGAUAUUGGAGCCGAAGAAAGGACACGUAAUCAGCAUCGAGUGGACAGCACUAGUUUCAGGACGUCUUGUUGACUGUCUGAACUUAGGAUCAAAUCAUUGGUACGGAGGCCCGCAGCAGAAGCGUCAGUUAUGGCCAAUCGAGCAACUCGUCCUCCCGGAGUACUCCUACGUCACCAAGGAAGCCGACAACUGCGGUAUCGCUGAGCCCUACUGGCUGGGUUCCGACGGAACCUACUUGUCCUUUGACAAGAAAGUCCCUUUAUUCGUCGACCAGAAUGUGAUACAGCAGAGCACCACUUGCUUCGUUGCCGAGGUCAAAGCGCCCUAUUCAACCAGGAGGGAUCGCCUGGAAAUGUCCUACGUCAUCGGAAUUUUCGAUAACGUCAGAGAGGCUCAUGAACACGCCGUUGCAACCGUUCUGGGCAAACCCACUGGAUAUCCCGAUGAAAAAAUGAUCAAAUCUCCCAUUUGGUCCACAUGGGCCCGAUACAAAACCGCCGUGAACCAUGACGUAGUAUUAGCAUUCGCUGAUGAAAUCAACAGAUACAAUUUCACGAACAGUCAGUUCGAAAUUGACGAUCUUUGGGAGAUUUGCUACGGUUCGUUGACGGUAGAUGUUGCUCGUUUCCCAAAUAUGUCAAAUACGGUUAGUGCUUUGAAAGCGAAAGGGUUUAGAGUGACUAUUUGGAUGCAUCCUUUCAUGAAUAAGGGUUGUAAGCCUUGGUAUACAGAUGCUUUAAAUGACGGCUACCUAGUCAUUUCAGAAGAAGGUUCAGAGGAGACAAGCUGGUGGAAUGACAACGGCACAACGGCAGCCUACGUGGACUUCACCAAGCCUGAAGCCCGCAAGUGGUACAACGAUAGAGUGCAGCUACUGCAUGACCAAUAUGGCAUCGACAGCUUCAAGUUCGAUGGUGGAGAAACCAGCUGGUCUCCUCAGAUUCCUGUUCUGCAAAGUGAAAUUGAUGGACAACCUUCAGCUAUUACAACAGAAUACGUAAAGAGCGUCGCGCAGUUCGGAUCUAUGGUUGAAGUACGGUCUGGAUACAGAACGCAAAACCUUCCAAUCUUCGUGCGCAUGAUCGACAAGGAUUCAUACUUCACGUUCGAGAACGGUCUUCCGACCCUCAUCACGACCUUACUGCAGAUGAACAUCAACGGUUACACGCUGGUCCUGCCAGAUAUGAUCGGUGGUAAUGGCUACAACAACACAAGACCUUCGAAGGAGCUGUUCAUUCGGUGGCUGCAAGCUAAUGUGUUUAUGCCCAGCAUGCAGUUCUCUUACGUGCCUUGGGAUUACGAUAGUGAGACGGUGCAAAUCAGUCGAGAAUUAGUGGCGCUCCAUGAACGCUAUACGCCAGACAUCAUCAGGGCAUGCCAGCGCUCCGUGGCAGAGGGCGCGCCGGUCAACGCGCCUGUGUGGUGGAUAGCGCCCAACGACACCACUGCGCACGCUAUAUGGGACGAAUUCCUUCUCGGCGAGGAUAUUUUAGCAGCACCUGUAGUGACGCAGGGCGCGACAACUCGCGAUAUCUAUCUUCCUGUCGGCAGAUGGUUAGACCAAGGGAACACCUCGCUGGUCCACGAAGGCCCUAUUUGGAUCAGAAAUUACCCAGCUCCCCUAAACGCGCUACCUUACUUCAUUCGAGAUCAUAGAGCUUUAACAAGUUCUGCAAGAACACCUUGCGUUGCUGUUCUCGUGGUACUUUUAGGAUUGUCAAUUAAUAUUUUCUUUUAAAUUCUAUUAAGUAAUAAAUAAAAUUGUGAACAUAUAAAUCUAUUUUUCGACUGGGAUUAAUUUUCUAAGCAAGCCUGCCAUCGCUGGCCCACUACGAAGCAUGGCUUCUCUUAAGAAUGAGAAUGAAUCCAUCGCUGUUCAAGUGCGGAUUAGCACACACCUUUGAAAAUAGGUAUUGUACUCUCCAGGCGUGCAAGUUUCCUCACGAUAUUUCUUUACUGAAAGAAGUGCAGAAAAAAGAUGGCGCCGGCGGAGAAAAAUUUUAUUUUUCGGCGGCAAUUUUUUUUUUCUGAAUUCAGGCAAAGAUUUAUUUAGUGUCAGUUCAACCAAUAGAGCCAAGUACAGUAGUCACGGGUAACAUUGUAAACGUGUUAAACAUU